AGUUUCAAUCAGCUUCAGUCAUUACGUUCGUGAUUUUCGCGCAAUUUUGCCUUUUACUGAACAUUGCAUAAAAAAAUAAUAUUAGAGUAGUAGUUUUCCAUGAAAUGUUGAUCUAGACUUUUGUUAUCUCUAUUUUAUUUGCACCGAUUAUUUGAAUUUCUGUUUUCUACUUUCAAUGUUCUACGAUUGAUAACGUGAUAUGACAUUGUAAUGGAGCUUAGAAUCCUGUGGCUGCUACCUCUUGCAUUACUUUUCAGUUAUUUGUCUUCUGGAUACACUAUGAGUCGCGAUACAAUGAAAUUAGAAGUUGUUCAAGCUCUUUUCAGACAUGGAGAACGAGCUCCGCAAAGAUAUGAAUACAACAUUCUGAACUACCUGAACGUCUCUGCUUAUGAACCUUUUGGAUUAGAACAUCUGACUAAUACUGGAAAAAUGCAGGCUUUUAAGGUUGGGCAAAUGUUGAGAGAGCGGUACAAAAAUUUCCUUAAUGAUAAGUACAGUUCAGAAGACGUUUAUGCACGCUCGAGUGAAAAUCCACGUACCAGAAUGACACUACAACUCGUAUUGGCAGGUCUGUUCCCGCCAACCAAAGAAUUACGAUGGAAUCCAAAAUUAGAUUGGAUGCCGAUAGCGUACAGUUAUUCUCCAACAGAACUAGAUGCCCUUUUGAAAAGUCAACUCACCAAAAAAUUUUAUAAACUUUAUGAUGAUCUAUUCGAAACAUCUUAUGGUAUAGAAACACUAGCUUCAAACAAGGACAUUUUUGAUCUACUGGAUAAACAUAACUACAAAGUUUCAACAACUACAGUAACUGAUUUGGCCGCGGUUCACAAUAUUCUACUUAUCCAUGAAAGGCUGCAUCUUCCAUUACCAGACUGGUACACAGAUAACAUUAAGCAAAGAUUUGCAGAAAUUUUUGAACUCUACCACGACACCCAGUCCUAUACGAAAGAAAUGAAACGACUUAAUGGUGGUCCGAUAAUCAAGACAUUCAUUAAUAAUAUGAAUCUCAACAAAACAACUAAAGAUCCGAAAAAAUUGUAUUUGUACAGUGGACAUGACCUAAAUGUGGGAGCGGUCAUCAGAGCUUUGAAUGCCCGCGACUUUCACAACUCAGAUUUUUGCAGUACACUAAUUCUAGAAAAGUUGAGAGAUUCGAGAAAUCAAGUUUACGUGAAAUUACUUCAUUGGGAUGCAAUCAAAGAGGAAAUGGAAACAGUCAGAAUUGGUGACUGUGACGAAAUAUGUCCGAUUGAUAAAUUUUUGGAACACACUCGCGAUGUGAUACCAACUGAAGAAGAAUUAUUUUCUAUGUACGAUGAAUACGAUAUUAAUUAUGUUAAAAAAUUUUUUGUUUAAGUGCCCAAUCUAUCGAUAGAGGUGCCUAAAGGCAACAUCAAUAGUUAAUAAAUAGUUUCGUUUUCAAUGCAACUUCACCGCAGCGUUCUAUUGAAAAAGAAAGAACUGUAUAUAUAGUGUCCGAAAAUGACGAUGCUGCUAUUAGCAGCAAUAGAUUUUGAAGCGUGAAAAUACGGAUAUUUUGAAGUCGAUCGGCGAUAACAAUGACGUAUGAAAUAUUUUUCUUCCAAUUGCUUUUACUUUUAACAAAAAAUGACAGUUACAGCAUAUGUACAUUUCAGUAUCCAUAUUCUAUACUUUAGUCGUCUACUGAAACGAUAGUUCUUAACAGAAUUCUGUGUAGAAAAGGAUUUGUCAAUAUAACGAUCGCAUGAUAAUUCGUGUCGUAAAUAUAUUUUUCACUAGUAUUAACAGUUCCUACAAUAGAUGUGUUUGGCAAUUCGUCAUUCAUAUAUACUUAUUUAAUUUAACUGUUAUCGUUCUUGAAACUAAAUUGCUUUCGCAUCAUAGAGAUCUCGUUCUUCCAUUGGAAGAGCGAUAAUACACUCGAACGGUCGAAGAAGGAAAGAAAAAAGCGCAACUCGCUACGCGCGCUCAUGUAACGGAAGCCAACGGGACAAUUGCGAGCGGUUCAAAGACGCGUUAUAAUUAAUUGUAAUUGAGCUGUGACGAUGCAUUGUGUUCGACUUGCGCCAGUCCAGUACUAAUUGCUCAAGAGAGGCCUAAUUCGCGUUGCUUUCACGCACUGUCGUAUGGAUCAUCGAUGAAUACGGAAAGAGCACUUUCCAUCAUGUAAUUGGAGAGAUUAUGUGUGUCCGAAGAGAUAAGCAUCACGAAGGUUACAAGGUAAGCAGUUGGCAGAUAGACGUAGUGUCGACCUUGAGGGAGAUUGUACCUUGAUUUACUUACUUUACCAGAGCUUUCCGUUGUUUUAACGAGGAGGAUGGUUCACUUUUCCUCUAAUCAAAGAAUCAUUCUCUAUGCUCAUGAAUAGUUUACAGUGGACAGGAGCCUUACACAUUAUUAUGCGCGAGUUUCGAUGUACACGAGUAAAACUUUCGAUCAUUUUCUUUUGUGCGCUCCGAUUCCUCGCGAUUGACUUUGCUUUAAGAUUCAAGAUCAUAAAUAUUUGACGGCUAUUUUUGUGCAUAAACAUUGUACGGUUUUUAUUAUAACUGAAUAUGCAUCGAAGAUGUGUUUGAUGAAUAUGUGAGAGCGGAUCUGUAACUCUACUUUUUCUCCGAGCGCUUGUUUACAUAUCGUUACAAGUUUUCAGCGAAAUAAUACCGAGCGAAGGAAAAUCGAAAUAAAAAAGCGUCGAUGAUACGUAAGCGCAAGCAAAUGCAAACAGUCGAACGGUGUGCGCCUUCGAUCGCGUCUACUUCGGCUCAUAAUAAAAUCAUGAAU